AUGCUACUAGUCGCUGGUUUCGCCGUACUAUUCGGUGUCCUCUUCAUCCAACCACUUGUGGUGUAUGCUGUGGAUCGGAAAGGCCUUCGGAAGUUCCCCUCCCCGUCUUAUGCAGCUGUCUCUUCCUUCUGGCGCAUUAUCCACAAUCUUCGCAAGGAGCAUUUCCUCGCCAUCCAUGAAGCACACACAAAUUUAGGCACGCAUGUUCGCAUAGCACCAAACCACAUUUCCAUUUCAGAUCCCGCUGCUAUGAAUGAUAUCUACGGCCAUGGGGCGGGUUUCCUCAAGGAUGCCUGGUACGAUGGUGGAGCCGGCGAAUUCCGACAUAUGGCAGAUGCUCGUGUCAAAGCCGAGCACCAGCAGAAACGUAAACUGCUGGCUCACGUUUUUGCACAGAAGACCAUUGCAAACCUGGAGCCCGUGAUAUCAGAUACUGUCGCGAUUCUACUUACACAAGUAGAAAAGGCUGCACUAAGUGGGACGCCGAUGAAUAUGAGGCGAUAUCUCAACUACUUCACAAUCGAUGUUUUCUCGAGGCUCCUCUAUGGCGAGACUCAGGGAUGUCUGGAGCGCGGAAAUGACAUGGUCACUGCCCAGUCGGAGGCUGGAAAGAUCUAUAAAACGCCUUUCAUUAAGUCACUCCACGAUGCGACAAUCAUCAACACUGUACUCGGCAUGGAGGCACCCAUUCUCAGCCUCACCAAACGUCUUUUCUCCUGGCAUCCAUACAAGAAGGCAGGAGCGUCGUACGAUGACAUCAUUUACUACAACACAGUGAAAAGACUCAAUGAGAACGACACAGAAGCAGAUGACAUCUUCUCCAAGCUUUUGAUUGACAAUAAAGGCGCCGCACUAGGCUUGAAGCUGGGUGAAGUGCUCGCUGAAUGUAGCGUUAUGAUGAACGCGGGGACGGACACCACAACCGCGGCAUUGACCAACACGAUCUACCUUCUAUAUAAAAACCCUUCCGUCCUAGCUCGACUGAGAGACGAACUCGACGAAGCAACAGGAAUAAGCCCAAUCUCAGCUUAUGAGACUCUCUCCCGACUCCCCUACCUCAGAGCCUGCGUUGAAGAAUCCCUCCGCGUCCGUCCCGCAAGCACCAUGGGCCUUCCACGUGUUGUGCCCAAAGGCGGCCGUCUUAUCGCCGGUCAGUUUGUCGCCGAGGACACUACAGUCUCAGUCCCCACCUACACACUCCUGCGCAACCAAGAAGUGUUCGACAGACCCGAAGUGUAUCUGCCGGAACGCUGGCUUGGGGGAGAAAGCGAAAAAGCCAAACUGAGCAAGGCCCAUUUUCCCUUCAGCAUCGGGCCUAGAGCGUGUAUUGGACGAAACAUUGCAUAUUUCGAACAGUUGCUCGUCAUUGCAGCGUUGGUCAAGGGGUACGAGUUUGAAUUUGAGUCGGAAGGGUUUGAGUUGAGAACUUUGGAGAGGUUCAAUGGGAAUCCGGAUGAAAUGGUCAUGCGAGUUCGGAAGCGAGUAUUGGUUUCUCCCUGA